GCUUUCAAUCAGAAAAAUAAUAAAAUAAAUUUCCAAAUGGAGACUCUCCAAGGAAGGAACACGAGCGCACUACACCACACUACACACCCCUGCAAACAUUAGCUAUUUUUAUUUAAAUAAAGAAAUUCAAUGCAACAGGCCUGCUGGGAGUUGCUGAGUGACCUAACUUAAGGUUUCCAGUUUCCACGACGGUUAGGGUUUUAUAUGGCGGCGGCGGCGGCGGCGACGGCGACGGCGACGAAUCCACAGUCACUACAGGCGCGUCCGUACGAGGACCACCGAACGCGAGCUUCGAUACAGAUCGACGACGACGACGGAGAGUAUGAAGACGCUGAUGGUAUGGAUGGCAUGAAAGAGGCAGCAACAGUAGCGCAAGUGAAUUCAGGGGUGAGCGUGGCAGAGCACCACCGUGGAGUACGAGUAGGAGUUGGUGAUGGUGUGGUUACGACUUCUAGGACUAGUGAGCUCACUCUCUCUUUUGAAGGAGAAGUUUACGUUUUCCCUGCUGUUACCCCUGAAAAGGUGCAAGCAGUACUCUUGCUUCUGGGAGGAAGAGAUAUGCCCACUGCAGUACCUACUAUUGAAGUGCCAUAUGAUCAAAAUAAUAGGGGAGUGGUCGACAACCCAAAGUUCUCAAAUCUUUCACGAAGAAUAGCCUCACUUGUUAGAUUCCGUGAAAAACGAAAGGAGAGAUGUUUUGACAAGAAAAUAAGAUACACUGUGCGUAAAGAGGUUGCACAGAGAAUGCACCGCAAGAAUGGGCAAUUUGCAUCCUUAAAAGAAAGCCCAGGUGGUUCAAGUUGGGACUCCAGUCAGAGUUGCCUUCAGGAUGUCAUACCUCGUCCAGAAACUGUUGUCAGGAGAUGUCAGCACUGUGGUGUUAGUGAAAAUAAUACUCCUGCAAUGCGUCGUGGACCAGCUGGACCCAGGACUUUGUGUAACGCGUGUGGCCUUAUGUGGGCAAAUAAGGGAUCAUUGAGGGAUCUCAGUAAAGGAGGAAGGAAUCUUCCAAUGGGCCAAAUUGAACCUGGAACACCAAUUGAUGUCAAGCCUUCCAUUAUGGAAGGGGAAUUCUCUGGUAACCAGGAUGAGCAUGGAACUGCUAAAAAUCUUCCCAAGGCAGUUAAUGAAGGAUUCAACAAUCGUUCUAUCAAUCCAGAUGAAGUUUUGCAAGAAGCUGAUCAAGAUCUUACAAAUACUUUGCCAAUGGGAGCUGUCCAUUCUUCUGGAGAUGAUGAUGAGCAGGAACCACUGGUUGAGCUCGCUAAUCCUUCAGAUACAGAACUUGACAUUCCUGCUAAUUUUGAGUAGAAGGUGACGGUUUGCUCUUGUCCAUUAAUGUUGGAGAGACUUGGAUAGGAGAUGGGUGCUAGCAUUUUGAUCCCUCUUACCGUGAUGUGAUGCUACAUGGACGGAAAGUUACUUAUAUCUCUCAUGAAGGGUGUAAUUAGCAAAUUGUGAAUUGUAACUAUAAACAGGCAUGUCAUUGGUUCGCAACUGCAGCUUUGAUUUCAUGGCAGGAGAUGUGAUUACUACUGUCUAUAUGGGGCAACGCUUCUUGUGGAUAUUAGUUCUGGAUCCAUUAGGACACACCUGAGUGCGUUUACUACUGUCUAUAUGUGAUUUAGGCUGUUAUAAAAUUGCAAUGUACUUGUUAAUCAUUCUUAACACUGGUCCAAAUGGCUAAAAUAAGUAUGUUUCUGGUA